AUGGCGGGUCUGUUUUCGAGGAAUCGCAACAAUGAGAAGGGCGAGAAGGCCCCGGCGCCCGUCCAGGAGGUAGCGCCAGGCGAGUACAGCAGCGAGGAGGGAAUUCUUGGACCCGCGUCACUGCUACUCGGGUACGCCCUCAUGGGCUUCGUCGUCUACGUUGUCAUGGUCGCCCUCGGAGAGAUGGGUGCCUGGCUGCCUAUGAAGAAGAGCUUUUCUGGCUAUGCAUCACGCUUCGUCGACCCGGCCAUGGGGUUUGCGACAGGCUGGAACUACUUCUUCAAAUACGUCAUCGUCUUGCCCAACAACCUGACGGCGACGGGCAUCCUCCUGCAGAAGUGGCGGCCUGAUAUCAACGUGUCGGUGUGGAUUGUCGUCUUUGGCGUGGCGAUUAUCAUCCUCAAUUUGAUCCACGUCUCGUUUUUUGGCGAGGCCGAGUUCUGGAUGUCGCUGAUCAAGGCUCUCGUCAUCAUGAUGCUUAUCCUGCUCUGUUUCAUCAUCGCUCUCGGCGGUGGCCCCAAUGGCGUCCGAACCGGUUUCUACUUCUGGCAGAGCCCAGGCGCCUUUGCCGAGUACUCGGUGACAAUUGGCAACAAUACUCAUGUCGUCCCCGGCGACACCGGCCGAUUCUUGGGCGUCUGGGCCUGCAUCGUCCAGGCCACCUUUGCCUACCUCGGCACCGAACUCGUCGGCGUCGCAUUCGGAGAAACGCCGAACCCGCGCAAGAACGUCCCCCGCGCCGUCACCCAGACUCUCCUUCGUAUCGUCUUCUUCUAUAUCGCCGGUGUCCUGGUUCUCGGCAUGGCCGUCCCGUACAACAGCAAGGAGCUGGCACAAGCCACCAAGAAGGGUACCAGUGGAUUGGCCUCCCCCUUCACCGUCGCCGCGCAAAUCGCGGGCGUCGCCCAUCUCGACGACGCGGUCAACGGCCUCCUGCUCAUCUUCACCAUCAGCGCCGCCAACUCGGACGUCUACCUCGCCUCUCGCACUGUGUGGGCGCUCGGCAAGGACGGCCAGGCGCCGCACAUCAUGCAGCGCACCAACCGCAACGGCGUGCCCGUCCCCGCCGUCGCGCUCUCGUCCCUCUUCAUCGCGCUCGGGUUCAUGAACGCCACCAAGACGGCUGCCACCGUGUUUGGGUACUUUGUGGCGCUCGUGACGGUGUUUGGCGCGCUCAACUGGGUCGCUGUGCUGGUUAGCUAUAUCGCGAUGAUUCGGGCCAUGAAGGUGCAGGGUGUGGAUCGGAGCGUCAUGCCGUAUCGGAAUGUGCUGCUGCCGUGGGGCGCGUACAUUGCGUUGGCGAUUACGGUGGUGGUCAUUAUCUUCAGCGGGUAUGCCGCGUUUAUUCCGUAUUUUCAGGUGGACAAGUUCUUGACGGCGUACAUCGGGAUUCCGGUGUAUGUUAUCAAUGUGCUGUGGUGGAAGUUCGUCAAGAAGACCAAGAGGGUGCGGCCCGAGGAGGUCGACUUGUUUACGGGAAGGAGAACAUAA